CUGCGCACGUGGAGACGGCAGCGCGCACAUAGAGGACAGUACUACUCACACCAUUCAUAUAAAAUACACUGACUAAGACAAAACCAUGCGGAAUAAUCUUCAGAAAUGACAUACAAAUGAGUGUGGAGAUGAGGGGGUUCUUGAAGCUGACUGUCCGUGCUGUGAGCUGCAUUCCCCGCAGGCUGUACAGUGGAGGAAGACCACCUGCGCCUUUAGGAGGAAGAAUUCUCACCAAUCCUGAUGAGAUCUUUCAACAUAAUAUGUGGGAUCAUGUGCAGUGGACAGAGGAGGAGACAGAAAAGGCCCGGCAAAAAGCAGAGGACAACUCUAAAGAGAAGAUUCCUGUAGAAGAGCAAUCCAAAUAUGACACAGAAGCUCAUAAGUAUUGGGACCGGUUUUAUGAAAUGCACCAGAGAAAGUUCUUCAAAAACCGAACGUGGCUUUACAUUGAAUUCCCAGAGCUCUUCCCUCCAGAUGCUGCAGGGAUGUGCAGCCCGGAGCAGGGGCCGGGCAGUGAGGUGGACUCAUGCUCAGAGUCUGGGAUCAGAGAAAAGCAGCAGCCCUGCGGUUCCAGCACAUUAACUAGUGAUAUGGACACUUUCCCUGGACAGCAUGCUGCUUUCAGGAUACUAGAGGUGGGCUGUGGUGCAGGGAACAGUGUGUUUCCAAUCAUCAGCACCAUCGGGGGCAGUAAGGUGUUUCUGUACUGCUGUGACUUCUCAUCUCGAGCUAUCGAGCUCAUCCAGGAACACCCAGAUUAUGACCCUGCAGUGUGUCAUGCAUUUGUGCGGGACAUUUGUGACACGACGUCCCCGUUUCCCUUCCCCCCUGAGAGUCUGGACAUUAUUCUGGUGGUCUUUGUGCUCUCUGCCAUCCACCCAGCACGCAGAGCUCAAGAUGUGGUGAAGGGUUUGGCUGGACUCCUGAAGCCGGGAGGAAUCAUGCUGUUCAGAGACUAUGGCAGAUACGAUCUGUCACAACUAAGAUUUAAAAAAGGUCAGUGUUUGUCUGAAAACUUCUAUACGCGUCAGGAUGGAACCUGUGUUUAUUUCUUCACAAAAGAUGAGGUUCAUCAUUUGUUUUCUAAUGCUGGUUUGGAGGAGAUUCAGAAUCUGGAAGACAGAAGGCUGCAGGUAAACAGAGGAAAGAAGGUGGUAAUGCACAGAGUGUGGAUGCAAAGCAAAUACAGAAAACCUUAUCUGAUUCCAGCAUCAGUCUAGCAGACUAAGCUCUCAAAGAACUGGGCUAAAAGCCUUCACUUGAACACAAACUCCUAUCAAGAUUUUGAAGGACAUUUCCUUUGUGAUAGACUUCAAGUAUAGCAAAUGAUGGAGAUGACAUUAUAAAAACACCAAGAAAGAAAUCCAUUUUUAUACUCCUUUUAACUUCCGAUGUGCCUGUACUUAAUGUACUUGAGUGAAUUACUAGAGUCCUGAAAUUUAACAAUAAUGUUCUUCUAAAAGUCACUUUACAUGUCAUUUUACCACUGCAUUUAAUUUAGAAACAUACAUAAUAUGAUUUAAUUGUAACACUUUACAAUAAGGUUCCAUUAGUUAAUGUUAGUUAUUGUAUUAACUAACAUGAAUAAACAAUGAACAAUACAUUUAUUACAGUAUUUAUUCAUCUUUGUUAAUGUUAGUUAAUGACAAUAGUCAUUCAUUGUUAGUUAGCAUAUUACGUCACAGUGCAUUAACUACACAACUUUGAAUGUAAACAAACACAAUUUUGAUUUUAAUAAUACAUUAGUAAAUGCUGAAAUUAAUAUUAACUAAUUUUAAUAGAUCCUGUAGAACUAUUGUUCAUUCUUAGUUCAUGUUAACUAAAGUAGUUAACUAACGUUACCAUAACUAAUGAACCUUUAUUAUAAAGUGUUAUUUUUUUCUCAUGAUUUUGUGUACUACUAUACUGUUUUAGUAUUUAGCUCCUAAUGCAUGGUUUCUUCAUCUGGAGCAUCAGUGAGUGUUUGAACCUUCUGUAAUAGUUGCAUAUGAGUGCCUCAGUUGUCCUCAGUGUGAAAAGAUGGAUCUCAAAAAAUCAUACAGUCAUUGUUGGAAAGGGUUUAAAUACACAAAAAUGCUAGAAAACCAAAGAAUUUGUGUGACCUGAAGGAUUUUUCUGAAGAACAGCAGGCCGUUUAACUGUUCAGGACAAACAGGGGACUUAUGAACAACUAUGACUAAACAAAAAACACAGCUGUGGAUCAUUCAGUUAACAAUCAAGCAAAUGUAAACUUUUGAACAGGGUCAUUUCUUAUAAAUUCAACUACUAUUUUCUCUUGUCGACUAUAUGUAAACAUCUUUUAUGCGAAAUGUCUUAUUCAGGUCAGUACUAAAUAAACAGUCAUGCAUUUUGUAUGAUCCUUCUUAUUUUGGUAAAAAUAAUUAACUUUUUUUAAUGAUUCUGAAACGGGAAACUUUUGACCUCAACUGUAUUUGCUCAUGCUUUUAUAGAAUGGUUUGUGAUGUGGUAUGUUUAUAUAUUUUUUUUUAUUUAUAAUGUACAUGUUUGCAGUUGCAAAUUGAUUUUUCAAAUAAAUAAAUUUGUUUUA